AUGAUAUGUUGCAAAAUCAAGGCCCUUCGUGCCAAAACGAACACUUACAUCAAGACCCCCGUGCGAGGCGAGGAACCGGUGUUCGUGGUGACUGGCCGUAAGGAAGACGUCGCUAAAGCCAAGAGGGAGAUCCUGUCGGCGGCGGAACACUUUUCGCAAAUCAGGGCGUCUCGCAAGAACAACCUGGCGGGCCUCGGCUCUGGCGCCAGCACUCCUCCAGGACCUCCAGCCAACAUCCCCGGUCACGUUACAAUCCAAGUAAGGGUGCCGUACCGAGUGGUCGGGUUGGUAGUAGGACCGAAGGGCGCGACCAUUAAGAGGAUCCAGCAUCAGACUCACACCUACAUCGUGACGCCCAGUCGCGAUAAAGAGCCAGUUUUCGAGGUCACCGGAUUACCAGAGAGCGUCGAGUCCGCUCGCAGGGAGAUAGAAGCGCACAUAGCUAUGCGCACGGGCAACGGGACCUCCAUCAACGGCCUGCCCGGUCUAGGAGGUCUAGACGAGAACGAUUUGAUCGCCUCCCUGUACAAAUCCGGUCUCAGUUCCAUCCUGAACUACAUGGAGCCCUCCACGGAUACAUUUCCCACCAUGACGUCGUCGACGGGCAGCAGCGGAGCCUUCUCAAGCUCCGGCUCCUGCUCCAGUAGCUCCUCCAGCAGCGGCGGCCGCGACCUGGGCGCCAUCUGGAGCUCCAGCGAGCGCGACGAGGGUCUAGGCGAUUCCCCCAGCUUCGACACGUCCACGGCACUGUCCAAUAUCUGGUCCUAUCCCACGGUAUCGGCACCCUCGAGACCCUCACCGGCCAACAGCACCAGCCCAGCGGACUCGCUGCUCAGCUCGACCACCAAGUGUCUGGUGUGCACCGACGCCAAGGUGACGCACGCCCUGGUGCCGUGCGGCCACAACUUCUUCUGCAUGGAGUGCGCCAAUCGCGUGUGCGAGGGCAACGAGGCCCAGUGCCCAGUCUGCUCCCUGCCCGCCAUCCAGGCCAUCCGCAUCUACUCGCCCAACCCUUAA